UCGGCAGUCAGUCGCUCAGAAGCAGCAGAACUAGCGGAGUAAGAGCUUGUUGUUCUGUAGGUAUUGUAAACAGAGUGUAAUAGACGCAACCGUCGAUUUUCAUCAUCAUGACCAAGGCAACAUUGCUUCUCUUUGCCGUGGCUGCAGUUCUUGCUGUCCAAGCGAGUGCUACUCGUGUCAACGAGUGCAAAAGUGGCAAACCUCUUCCCGAUACUACAAGAGUCGUGGUGACGAACUGCGACGCACCGCCAUGCAAACUGAAGAAGCGCACUAAAGUUGGCAUCAUUCAAAAGUUUACGCCUAACCGUGACAUCCCUAAACUUACCACUAAUGUCUUUGCAAAUAUUCUUGGGAUGUCAUUACCCUUCAUCGGUGUUGAUGGUACCGAUGCUUGUAGUAAAAUUUUCAAUGCUGAUAAUGUACCUACCUCGUGUCCACUCAAGCAGGGAGUAGAAUAUAUUUAUAAGAACGAGUUUCCCAUCCUUCAGAUUUAUCCCACGGUAGAUUUGGUCGUACACUGGGCUCUGAAAGAAGGUGACCAAGAUGUUACUUGCUUUGAAGUUCCGGCUAGGAUACAGCCAUAAAACUUGAAUAAUUAUUUCCACUGUGUAGGAGGAUUUUAUAAAUGACUUCAAGAUUUAGACUAAAUUUUCAAAAUGAAAGAGUCUGGUCUUUUCUUUAUCAAGUGAUCUUACAUGCAUUUGAUUUAAUUAUACUUGUUAAGUAAUAAAAGAUUUCUUUUUAAUUUUACCUACAAUUAAUAUCAUUCAGUUGGAUACUGUGACACUUAUUUAUUACGAAAAGUUAUUAACAAAAUACAUAUUUGGAAAAUGCACAAUGUUGCAGUAUACGAUCAUAGUAUAUUCUUUUGCUCAGUAUAUGCUUUUUACUCAAUAAUUUGCUCAGCUAGCCUUACAAGGAAAAUUAAUUUUGCUUAUAGAUUAGCAUUUCGACAUAAUGACAUUUAGGUCUUUACGUGUCUAACGAUAACAUAGCCGCACAUCGAAAGUUAUGUUACGUUUCUACGAAGCGAUUUAAUAACGAAAUUGCAUAUUUGUUUUUUAAGCAUAUUUUAAGAUCAAUAUUAUACAGUAAUUUUGUUAAUUUACUUUGUUAUCGUAAUUAUUGUUUUUUACUCAAAUACAUUUUUUAUUAUAAAUUUUUCACUCCUGUGAAAUACAUUUAAUAAAUUACUCCUGUAUGGGCAUCUUUUUCAUUACAAUUUCAAAUGAUUCAAGUACAUAGAUCAAAUUUGAAAACUGUAACGUACGGAACGUGCAGCAGAUAAAUGAAUUUAUCUUGCUAUGGUACAAAUCAUUAAUCUGUAAAAUGUAAAUUUGGUAUGCCUUCACCGCAAAGUUCACUGAAAUACACACAAUAUGUCUUCUAUCACUUUUCAAUAAAAAAAAAAUGG